AAGUUAAGAAAAUGCAAUUAGGUGAUGGUAGUUGCAUCAACUCUUGGUUAAACCGAAAGCAGCUGAAAAAAUUCUGCAGUGCAAGUUUGGUUUGACAAUGCAGAAACAAAUUGAAAUCAAACGGAACAAGAAAACAUCUUUAUCAGAGUGGUUGCUUGCUACUUAAGUAUCAAUCAACACAUUGAGAAGAAACAGGAUCAGUACAUUUUUCAUCAAUGGAGCAUAUGAAACUCUUAUUGAUCUUAAUAACUGUUCUGCUCAACACACCAAGUCUGACUCGGAGCGACGACGACGAUGAUGUUCUUGUUCAUGAGUACUACAAAGACAAGUGUCCCUUGGCUGAAGAGAUAGUGAGACACAAUGUUGAAGUAGCAGUGUUGAAAGAUCCUCGUUUGGCAGCAUCAUUACUGCGACUCCACUUUCAUGAUUGUUUUGUGAUGGGGUGCGACGCAUCGGUGCUUUUGGACAGCGUUGAAGGGAUGGCAAGCGAAAAAGAAGCAGGACCAAACAAGGAUUCACUGCGUGGAUUUGAGAUCAUAGACAAGAUCAAGUUUUUGCUUGAAGAGGAAUGCCCCCUAACAGUUUCUUGUGCUGAUAUUCUUGCACUUGCAGCUCGCGACGCAGUUCAACUGAGAGGAGGACCAAGAUGGGAAGUGUUGCUUGGGAGGAAAGACUCUCUAGAAUCGAGUUUCAGCGGCGCAAACUUGUUGAUCCCAGCUCCAAAUUCCUCCUUGGAAGCUCUCAUCAACAACUUUGCGCAGCAGGAACUCGACAUAGGAGACUUGGUAGCUCUAUCAGGUAGCCACACCAUUGGAAGAGCAAGAUGUGUGAGCUUCAGGCAAAGAAUUUAUGAACCGAAGCAGGAAUAUCACUAUGGCUAUGAUCACUAUAAGCGCUACACAAGCUUCCGAAGGAUCCUACAGUCCGUGUGCCCCAUUACUGGAAGGGACAACAAAUUUGCACCGUUGGAUUAUGAGACCCCAAACAGGUUUGACAACCAUUACUUCAUUAAUAUUCUACAAGGGAAUGGUUUGUUAGGCUCUGAUAACGUGUUGAUUAGUCAAGAUUACGAUGGCAAAAUAACGGAGCAGGUUUGGGCUUAUGCCUCCAAUGAAGACCUUUUCUUUAAGUCGUUUGCUAAAUCCAUGAUCAAGAUGGGGAAUAUUAAUGUACUUACUGGAAAUGAAGGGCAAAUUAGGCAAAAUUGUAGGUUCGUCAAUGUUUAGUUUGACUUUGUGAAUUUCUAUUUUAUAUUUAUUCUAUAUCAUAGAAUAUAAGUUUCGUUUUUCUUUCGUCAUAUAAAAUCCUCAAUAAUAAUUUCUUUCAAUUUUAUUAUAGGGAAUUGAAGGAAUUGGGGAUCAAAUGGUGUAGUAAUUAAAAUUAAUUAUUAAUAUAUUUAUAUAUAAAUAUAUAUUUUAUAUUAGUUGUUGAUUUAGGUAUUGGCGUAAUAGGAUUAAUAAUUUUUAGAUCUAAACAGAGACAAGGGAAGGGUAAGGGCAUCAGGUCUCCAAGGUGUAUAGCAUCAAUGAAAGAAUUCAGACGCAAAUUACCCAUUUGUCAAAAUAAGUUUCAUCACAUGCCCAACGUUACUUCCCUUGCUUGCAAAUAACGGAAAAAAUCGUUUCGUUUCCAAAAUUAUAGAGCAUAAAAAUUUAAAAUCUGAAGAAAGAAAGAAGAAAAAGAAAAAGAGGUGUUAGAUGACGAUGAAGAGGGAGUAAAAGUAGCGAUCAGAGCCUGUCGAGAUUCAUGUGUACAUCACGCAAGUAUCAGCGGAUUGACAGACAAUGAAUUUCUUUCGUCACAUCGCAUUUUUUUCACCUCUCAGUCAUCCAAAAACCCUAUCCCUAAUUUCAAUCAGUAAUUCGAAAUCCAAAAUUCAUUCACACAUCCAAAAUACGAAUAGAUUUUUGAAAAACGUAACAGAAAAGGAGGGGAGAUAUGUAAUCGAUGAAGUUGAGAGCUCAGAACUUCUUAGAGGAUUGCGCCAUCAACGACGAGCUCAAGAAAGAAACUCGCCUCUGGCACAGUUAUUUGUUCAUCACUGCCUCAAGUCUCAACCAAUUUCAUCCUUCUAAUGACUUCAGGUGUGUUCGCAAGAGAAGAGUUCAUCCAUGAAACUUUACCUGCUACGCCUUAUCGAAGUACAUGGAGGAACCUUCUGAAUUUAUAGAAUACCGAUUAGGGUUUUAGGGUUUUCAGCUGAUUUGGAUUGAGCCGGACUUGCUUUGAGGCCCAUUCCAUUCUAAUCGCCACAAUAUUGUUAUACAUAAUUUGAAUAUUUUGCAUUUUUCAGACAAGGAAUAUUUUGCAUUU